GCUACCUCUUCUUCUUCGUCUCCCAUUUAUGUGUUAUCCCUCAGAGCUUGUCACUCCAAAAAAGGUAAAAACAAAAAAAAAACAGCUUCUAAAAAUAAAAAAUAAAAAUAAAAACAAAAAAUAACCCCAGCCACCGUGAGGGUAAUUCCGUAAAUUUAAACAGAAACUCCAUUCCCGCGGCGUAUGCAGAGGGUAAUUCCGUAAACUUAAGCCAUCUCCGGUGAUGAAUAAGAUCGACUCCUUCACGCCGGAGUGAUUUUUCACGGUGUUUCUCUUCUUCUCUCCUCCAACCCAAAAAUAAAAAUAAACAUGAAAGCAAACCGCGGCGGCGGAGAGCACGGCCACCACGAGGCUCUCAAGUUUUCCAGUUUCUUCUUCAUGCCGGAACGGCCACGUGAUUACCUCGUGCUUUUCACACGUUUCUCCGUCCUCACAUGCCUCAUCGUCUCCGUCUCUCUGGUUCUCCGUGCCACUUUUUUAUCCCCCUCCGCUCGUGACUAUUCCACCACCUACGGUCUCCGACUCACCGCCGUACCUCAGAAAGCCAUAGCUUUCCCUCCGACCGGAUCCGUCGGACCGAUCAAUAUCUCCCACAUCUUGUUCUCUAUCGCCGGAGCAGCUGAGACAUGGAUCGAUCGGAGCCAGUACAUCUCCUUGUGGUGGCGAAACUCGACACGUGGCUUCGUCUGGCUCGAUGAACCGGUGAAAAUCCCCGAAAAUCACUCCGAUGUCAGAUUCUCGAUCCCGACCCGAGUUUCCGAUCCAGGCUGGACUCGAUUCAAAUUCUCCAGCUCAAGAGCCGCGGUUCGAAUCGCUCGGAUAAUCUGGGAUAGUUAUCGGCUUAAUCUACCAAAUAUCCGGUGGUUCGUGAUGGGAGAUGACGAUACCGUCUUCUUCACGGAGAAUCUCGUCAAGGUUCUCUCCAAGUACGACCACGAGCAGAUGUGGUACAUCGGAGGAAACUCAGAGAGCGUCGAGCAAGAUGUGAUGCACGCGUACGACAUGGCGUUUGGCGGCGGCGGUUUCGCUAUUAGCCGUCCAUUAGCGGCGCGUUUGGCUGGCGCGAUGGAUGAUUGUCUCCAACGGUAUUUCUAUUUUUACGGUUCUGAUCAGAGAAUCGCGGCUUGCGUUAGCGAGAUCGGCGUUCCGUUCACCGAAGAACGCGGUUUUCACCAGCUUGACAUAAGAGGAGAUCCAUACGGAUUUCUAGCAGCGCAUCCGUUGGCACCACUUGUAUCGUUGCAUCACCUCGUUUACUUAGACCCAAUGUUCCCUAACAAAAACCCCAUCGAGUCGUUACAGACCCUAAUGAAACCUUAUAACUUAGACCCGAAUCGAAUACUGCAACAGAUUAAUUGCCAUGAUCGCAAGCGUCAAUGGUCUAUAUCCAUCUCUUGGGGAUACUCCAUUCAGAUCUACACUUACUUCUUGACUGCUACGGAGCUGACUACGCCGUUGCAGACCUUCAAAACUUGGCGGUCUUCCAGCGAUGGACCUUUCGUGUUCAACACUCGGCCCUUGAAACCUGACCCGUGUGAGCGUCCCGUCACUUAUUUCAUGGAUGGUGCAGAGGAUGUGCGGGGUAGUGGGACGAAAACUUGGUAUAGCAUAGCAGAUAAGAAUUAUGGUCAUUGCGAAAAGAGUGAGCAUAUUCAGUUAACUAAAGUGAAGAGGAUAUUGGUGACUUCAAUGAAGACUGAUCCUGAGUAUUGGAACAAGGCACCGAGGAGACAGUGUUGUGAGGUGAUGGAAGGUGGGGGAAGAAAAAGGAUGGAAAAAGAAAUGUUGAUAAGGAUUAGAAAAUGCAGAUCUUUGGAGAAGAUAUAACAAAAGCGUUUUAAUUAGAGAGAUAUAUUUUUGCACAUACAGAUUUAGAUUCGAUCAUAGUUGUUUGUUUCUAAAUUCCUCAAUUCCUAGUAUCAAGAGAAUGGCGUACGAUUUUCUCUAUUAAUACUGGCACUCUUGCGUUUUUCAACAUGUAAACAUUACUUUGUAUUAUUAGUCGAUAUAAAAUAAAUAGCUAUAUAUAGUUUUGUUACAAA